ACGGUAAAGGACAUACAUUUAGUAUGUUCUGUGUGACAUUUGCAGAAAGCUUUCAGGAAGUACAUGUAGUUCUGUUGUCUGUUACAAACUUAUUUUAUUGCUACAUGAUGUAUGCUUGAGCAAGUGGCAUACAUUAGAAUUGUACAUGAUUCCUAGAGAGCUCAUAAGACAUUUCUUGAAUAUAUCCAUGACACAUGUAUAUGCACCUGGAUGAUGACUUGUGUGACAUACAUGUAGCUGGCUCGCCUACAUUUGCUGUAGAUUAUAAUACCUGGUAAUUUGUAUAAUGUACAUGCAACUGUACAAUAUUUUCAUAUAAUUAUACAGAUCAUUAAUUUCAAUGAUUGUACAGAAUACAAUCUUGUACAUGUAGCUCCUGUAUGAUGUAGUAUUUUUGCUGUAGGGAUGGCUGUGUGAAGGGCUGGAGGUUGCUGUCCUUGUACAGUGCGUACUUCCCAUGCUCAGACAACCUGAAACCGUACCUGAUUAAACAUCUACAUAACGUGUCAACUGACUCAUCUGAAGAGCAUCACGCUGUGGCCACACAGUGUUUGGAAAAUCUCCGUGCAACUUUGACCAAUGGAGGGAGACAAAAACCACCACAUCCUUUAGAGGUCAAGGCAAUCGGAAUUGGUCGAAGUACCAAACGUCAAAUGAUUGUGAUGCCAGGGAGUGUGAGCUCUGUUGUGAAGAUCAAGACAUGCACACUUGUUCAUCAGAUCAUUGAGGACAUCUGUACAAGGGAAUUAGGAGUGAUUGCUGACAAUAAGAUUGAGGAAUUUGCACUUUACUCCAUUGUAGAGCAUGGGAAGGAGAAAGAGAAUGAAGUUGAGAUGCUGGGUAGGAAGGUUUACCUGAUGGAUGUGCUGACAGACUAUGAGGGUGCAGGUCAGGAGUACACGUUGAUCCUGAAGAAGGUAGUUUGGUACCAUCCCAUCAAACUGGACAAUGAGAACUUGGUCACCGUGCUGUACCAUCAGAUUCUCCCUGACUUUGUGAGCGGUCGGCUGGUGCAGGUACAAGGAACUAAGCUCAGCAAGCAGACAAUGCAUGACAUCGCCAGACUGACAGCAUUGGAAUUCCGAGGAGGGGAAACCGUCAAGACAACCCCGACAAUGGCAGACAUCCAGAGUGCUUUGCCUCAGAACUGUGUCAACAUGCAGAAGAUUCAACAAUGGGCCAACAUGAUCCACUCCUAUCUGAACCACGUUGUACGACUCUCUCCCAACCAGGCCAGGGUUCAGUUCAUAGGAACCAUCAUGCAGUGGCCUCUGUUCGGAUCAAGCUUCUACAGUGUUGAUAGUACCACUGAGCCUCAGGCCAAAGACGGAUGCCUGGUCGCCAUUAAUAAAUCUGGCAUUCACUUUCUCCCAGAAUCACAUGUUCCGAUUGUCAGCUAUGACUUUUCCAACCUGGUGUCCACUCGCAAGCUGCGGACUAAAGACGGUGUUGGCUACUUGGACAUCAAACUUGGGAACAUGCUGAGUCAACGGGUCAUCAGACUGGAGACUGAGCAGGGCGGUGAGAUUUCUUCUCUCAUUCAACAGUACAUCAGCAUCAUCAUCGCUGAGAAGGGUCCUCCAACUAACAGCAAGUAAACAUGAUAGACAUGACAUCACCGGGGCAAUAUUACAGCAGUUCCUGACAUCUGGCAUGUUUAGUUAACUCACAUCACUAGCAGACAAUAGUGCACAAUAGUGCACAUUGUUCUUCAAAGUCAGACUGAACUGUCAGCCUUUUGUAGUGAUAAUAAUAAUCAUUAAUCAUGAGUUUAUGUGCGCUGGUGUAAAUACAUAAUAUUAUAUGUGUAUGUUAAUCUCAGCAUUUGUUUAUUUGAAUACCACAAUUGUGAAAGGGAGGACACAACAGGAGCACCUUUACAAGUUGUCCUCCCCAACACUGCAAUAUAAAUACAGAUUACAACAAUGAACAUUAAUAACAUAAAAUACAAAUACAUACAAUAUCAUACAUUUAACAUGGAAUACUGGGCAUUGAGUUGAAUGUGCUAUCUGAAUAAGAAAGGUUCAAGAAAUGAACAUAAUUACAGGUGUUCUUUACAUUACACUAUGAUGUGAUCAGUUGCAAAUUUGAGUAAUUAUGAAAUAUGCACAGCAAAUGAUGUAACUGGUUCCAAUUUUUCGAUUAUUUUUUGUCAGAGGACACACUGUGCUUUCCUGAUAAGAUAGCCUGUUUGCUACCAAACUCACUUUGGUUAUGCAUGGAGUUAGACAACAAGGAGACACACACAAUCAAGAUUAGCCUUAGUACUGACCACCUUCCACACACAACCAGGGCUGGCCUUAGUACUGACCACCUUCCACACACAACCAGGGCUGGCCUUAGUACUGACCACCUUCCACACACAACCAGGGCUGGCCUUAGUACUGACCACCUUCCACACACCACCAGGACUGGCCUUAGUACUGACCACCUUCCACACACUACCAGGACUGGCCUUAGUACUGACCACCUUCCACACACUACCAGGACUGGCCUUAGUACUGACCACCUUCCACACACCACCAGGACUGGCCUUAGUACUGACCACUAUCCACACAGAACCAGGACUGUCCUUAGUACUGACCACCUUCCACACACUACCAGGACUGACCUUAGUGACCUUAAGCUGUUCACAGACUGACACACAGACAGACACACUGCAUCAAAAACACAACCUUUCAUAUUUUCAAAUGAACAGAUUGAAGCGGCUUCCAUGGAAGGGUGCAACAUUUUCCACUUACAGCUGCAAUGGUUGAAGUGCCUAUGAUAUUUAUGGCAUGUCAUUGUGGAGAUUGGUUUUUACAAGGGCUGGAACUGAACCUUCUCACCACUGGUGUUAGAAAGCAAAUGUAUAGGUCAUUGUCGGUCAAUAUAUAGACAAGCCUAUAUAAUGUAAUAAUCCAUGUAUUUAUUUAUGUGAUAUGUGUUUUCAUUGCAUGGAUAUUAUAGUGUGUCAGGUUAAUUUACAUAAUUAUUGAACAUGACAUUGUACAAUUUG